UAGUAGCAAUACUCUUCACUUGUAUUGUUCAUUAUUGACCACAACGGCAAACAAGCUUGGCUUGCUCAGUGGCCUCAAUCCUAAUAUUUACCGUUGACUCAGUCAUCGAUAUAACGGUUGUAUCGAGUCUUCCUGUCUCGCGUUCAUAAUGGACGCCAUUACUUCUACUGAAGUUGUCGGCCCAGGCUGGCGCCCGCGACAUGUGCCCAUUGAGAUCUUUGUCAUGAUCGCCAAGCACUUGCCUCGCAAAGAUGUUGCCAAAAUGCGACUUGUCAACCGCGAGUUCAACAUGAAGUUGACUUGCUUCUACCUCCGACGUAUCGUUCUCCGCGUUGGACCGGAGCUCAGCAUGCGAUUUGACCACGGCCAUUACGAGAAGCAGAGCCUGAAAUCCCUUGACAAACUUAUCGACACCGAGACGUUCCUGGCCUUCGCGCCUGACAUCUUCCGAUUCGGACUUGCCCUCGAGCUGAGCGAGAGCGAGAUCGCCAGCCCGAUCGACGGCGAUCUCGAAGAUGUCGAGAUCCGCCCUUGGGGCAUCUUCCGCUGGCCCGCCAAGAAGGACUUUGCCAUCGACUCGGCUCUCGAGAAGUUUACUCAGUCCAUUGAGAAGAUGCAGGGCGGUGCGUUCCGCAUCAUGGAGAGCCUGCACAAUGUCCGAGAGCUUGCCCUGUCCUGUAACGGAGGCUUGGGCUAUCUCCAAGGCCCUGACAUCAACCCUCUUCAGCCUCCCGGACCAGGCCCCAUCUUUGGCGGCUCCAACGUCGCGCGAGACACUCCUAUCACGGACCUCGGCGUCGAGUUUGAUAAGCCGUAUCGAGUCGAGAUGCUGGAGCGAAAGCUCGCGGCUCAGGGCGUCGAUCCUUCCGAGAUGUCAGACAUGAUCUUGAGCCUCAUUCUCCGAGAGGGCGGCAACGCGAAGACUUGGGCACGCGACGAGCGCCAGCCGACCUAUCUUCCCAAGAACCGCUACCCGGGCCGAGACGUUGCUCGCGAAUUCCGACUGAACGACAAGAUCCGUCUACAGCCCGACCAGCUGACGGAAACACAGAAGCGAUACUUGCACAAGCACCUGUCCGCUCAGCAAGCCGUCAUCCAGUCUUUCCAGAUGACCAUCAUCGGUCGAAGCCAUGUCUUCCAGAACUUGGCCAAGCUCAACAUCGCACGGAUCCCGAGCUUCUUCAUCCACUUGUUGUGCCACGACCAUUUUUGGGACGCGAUGCCACAGCUGUCCGAGGUCGCACUGGGCGUCGUGCCAGACUGGCGAGAGCUGGAGCAGUUUGACAAGUACACCGUUGUGGCCCGGCAGGUCUAUCCCACUCAGGCUAUCCCCAAGGUCGUUCAUUUGUUGCGCAACUACAUCGGCAAGCGGCCACGGAUCACGCACCUUCACUUCGAGUGGCUGUGCGGUGGCGAACUCGCACCUGGAUACGCCCAACGCGGCUGUUUUGUCCUGCCAGCGCCGUUCCUGCUGGAGCAUCGCCAGGUGAUCAAUUCGUCUCGGUCAAACAUUCUCGUGCUUCCGCACAUCACCCACUUGUCGCUGAAGAACUGCUGGUUCGCGCCCAACAUCUUCUAUCGCAUCAUGUAUCUGAUGUCCAAGGAGCACGUCCUCGAGUCACUGGAGCUUGAGACCGUCUCACUCUCUGGCCCACCCAUCAUGCGCCAACUUAUGGAUGAUACGGACAUAUUGCCUGGUGAUGAGGCGGAUAACAAUAAUAAUCCCGCGGCGCAGAAUGCCGGUCCACCGGCUCACUAUCCCCUUCGCCUGCCUCUGUAUCUGUCUUGGAGCUCCGUCAUCGACAUGCUGACGCCCAACGUCACGAUCAAGCAGCUCGCCUUCCUGGAGAAAAUGGGCGGUAUCGCGCCGCCAAUGGUGAUCAAGAAGGAACUAAAGCUGAAACGACUGUCCUUCAAGUCCUGCGGAUAUGUCACGAUCCACGACAAGCGCUUCAUCUCGGAACGCCGCUUCCUGCAGCUGCCGCACCGCAUGAGGCCAAACCACCUACCCCCCGUGGCGCAGCUGGUCGGCGACAUGUUGGCGGACGGAGGCCUGCGCAUGCCCCGCCGCCAAGGGCCCGGGUCUGGGCAGCAGUUCCAGCAGCCCAACCUCGACCGCCACCUGGCGCGCAUCUACAACCACAUGGACCCGUGGGAGAUGGCGAACAUGAACGAGGUCUUCGGCUUCACCAACACCUGGCACGGUGUCUACGACGAGGCCAUGAUCGCCGCCGCGCGCCGCGACGGCGUCGUUUCCCCCGGCCUCGGCCGCUUCUCCGGCGUCAUCGAGUACGAGCCCGACUCCGACAUCUACGCCGGCGGCGGAGGAGGAGGAGCAAACGCGGAGCCCAGUGACCCCGUCGACUACAACAAUCACGCUGAUUUCUUCGACCGCCACUACGACGACAGCACCCAUCUCAACACUAUCAUGUGCACGCUCGAGAGAAUCGCGGGCUAUGAUACGCCCAUGGGUGGCGGCGCCCUUGGCGAGGCUUGAGCGGUCAUCGUCAUUUCGGUGACUUUGGGCUGUAUAUGAUUACGAUAACCUGACGCCCAAAUAUGAUGAAAUUGGCCUGAAACACACUAGGAAGAGAGAGGGAGGGAGAAA